AUGACGGUCCACCUGCCACAAGAGAUGUCCAGCAACUGUGGCUCUACCACCAUCACAGAACCUCAGCCCUGGGGUCAGCAGAGUGGAGAAGAGAAAGUAGAUAAGAUGCUUCUCCACCCAGAAGACAUCCGUCCUGAGCUGAGAGAAGAUACACACGACCCCAGCUACCAGGAUGAGGAGGGGCCCCCUCCCAAGCUGCAGUACAUCUGGAGAAAGAUCAUCUUCAUGGCUCUGUUGCACUUGGGGGCCCUGUAUCAGGUCACACUGAUUCCCUCCUGCAAGGUCUACACCUGCCUCUUCGGAAUAUUCUACAGCGUAGUUGCUGGUUUGGGUAUCACAGCCGGGGCCCAUCGCCUGUGGAGCCACCGAACUUAUAAAGCACGCCUGCCGAGGGUCUUCCUCAUCAUUGCCAACACCAUGGCUUUCCAGAAUGACGUGUAUGAAUGGGUCCAAGAUCACCGCGUCCACCACAAGUUCACAGAAACACAUGCUGACCCUCAUAAUUCCCGGCGUGGCUUUUUCUUCUCUCACGUGGGCUGGCUGCUCGUGCGCAAACACCCGGCUGUCAAAGAGAAGGGCGGAAAACUGGACAUGUCUGACCUAAAAGCUGAGAAGCUGGUCAUGUUCCAGAGGAGCUGAUGUGUGGUCUCUCCCAAUAGGUACUAUAGGCCAGCUGUCCUGCUCAUCUGCGUCAUCCUGCCCACACUGGUUCCCUGGUACUUCUGGGGUGAAACUCUUCAGCACAGCUUAUACGUCACUACUUUCCUGUGGUAUGCUGUGAUACUCAAUUUCACCUGGCUGUUGAACAGUGCUGCCCAUCUCUAUGGAUAUCGGCCAUAUGACAGGAACAUUGGCGCCCGAGAGAAUGGCCUGAUUUCACUGGUAUCUUUGGGCGAGGGCUUCCACAACUACCAUCACACCUUCCCCUACGACUACUCUGCCAGUGAGUACCGCUGGUACAUCAACUUCACGACAUUCUUCAUUGACUGCAUGGCUGCCCUGGGCCUGGCUUACAACUGGAAGAAAGUGUCUAAGACCGCUGUCUUGGCCAGGAUUAAAAGAACUGGAGAUGGGAGCCACAAGAGUGGCUUCUGGACCUCUGUUCAGCUGGGCCAACAUUGA